UUCUGGCAAAUGAACUCUUGUCGGCCUAAUUGCUAAAUACAUAGUUUGGGUAAUCCAAUAAAGCAGUUAGUCUGCCUGCCUGCCUUUGUCUCUCUUCAUUCCUUGGUUGGAAGACCCAGCUGUACUCCAGCAAGGUGGACAAAAUCCUACAUGUCAACAUGACAGAACGCUUUGACUGCCACUACUGCAAGGAGACCCUGUAUGGCAAGAAGUACAUCUUGCGGGAGGACAACCCCUAUUGCAUCAAGUGCUAUGAGAGCCUCUACUCCAACACCUGUGAGGAAUGCAAAAAGCCCAUCGGCUGUGACUGCAAGGACCUGUCCUACAAGGACCAGCACUGGCACGAAACCUGCUUCCACUGCUUCCAGUGCAAGAACUCACUGGUGGACAAACCUUUUGCUGCAAAAGAAGACCACCUUCUCUGCACUGAAUGUUACUCGAAUGAAUACUCCUCCAAGUGUAGUGAGUGUAAGAAGACCAUCAUGCCAGGUACUCGCAAGAUGGAAUAUAAAGGGAACAGCUGGCACGAGACGUGCUUUAUCUGCCAUCGGUGCCAACAGCCGAUUGGAACCAAGAGCUUCAUCCCCAAAGACAGUCAGAAUUUCUGUGUGCCCUGCUAUGAGAAGCAAUUUGCUAUGCAGUGUGUUCAGUGCAAGAAGCCAAUCACAACAGGGGGAAUUACUUACCGGGAGCAGCCAUGGCACAAGGAAUGUUUUGUGUGUACUGGAUGCAAAAAGCAGCUGUCUGGACAACGUUUUACUUCCCGGGAUGAGUUUGCCUAUUGCCUGAAUUGCUUUUGCAGCCUCUAUGCUAAGAAGUGCGCAGGGUGCACUAAUCCAAUAAGCGGACUUGGGGGAACCAAGUACAUCUCCUUCGAGGAACGACAGUGGCACAACGACUGCUUCAACUGUAAGAAGUGCUCAUUGUCCUUAGUGGGUCGUGGUUUCCUCACUGAAAGGGAUGACAUUCUCUGCCCUGAAUGUGGAAAAGACAUUUAAAAUUGGCAAACAGAUUCUAAAAAUGCACUAGAAAAGAUAAAAGCAAAAAGGGAUAGGUGAUUUUUACACCGUACGCUUCAAGACCUGUCUAAACACAAAGUUGUGAGUUGUUCAGAAAUUACCCAUUUACAUUUCUAUUUAGCAGAUGGUUUUCAGAGCAUCUUGGAAGAGUACCGUGGCUGCUAAUUUUGAGUGUUGAUAGAUCAAGAAUCAAUAGAUACGGUAUGUUGUCCAAGCUGGAAAAUGUUUAGGUGAUAAUAUGUAGGUUUUUGUAGACUCAACCAGUAGUAGAACAUGUGCUAUGCCUUACAACAAGGGAUUAUGGUUGCAGUUCUGUGCACUGUUGUUCUGAAAUAACUCCUUUUUCAAUAUGAGGGAUUUGUCUUCAAGUAGAAGUACACAGGAUCAGACUGCAUGAAUUUUAAAUGGAACACAUUAUUGCAUGAUAUUGCGAGAUUAUUGCACAAAGUUCAGUUUCUCAGAUUUGUUUUGAAAUGUCAUUUCACCUUGUAUUUUAUGCAAUAUGAAAAUGUAUUUCUAACAUGUUGGCAGUAUUUUGAGGAAUUUUGACAACUGAAGAUUUUCAUCUAAUAAAUGUUACCAUUUAAGGAAAA